CUGUAUAAUUAUACUGUAAAACAUGUGGACCUAAAUGUUUGUGUUUGAAGAAUGCAACGCUGACUUUUAUUUUGAAAAAUGCCAUUCCGUCCAGUGUCUAGUCUCAGGUUAUCCUCAGGUAAAGCUGUGUGUUUUAUUAUAAAUAUUUUAAGAUUUAUAUGUCGCGAAAGCAUGUCAGUGUUGUUACAUACGUAAAAACAAACAAUCGACUUUCUGGAUCACCAAGGUGAGUCAACAUUUGGAUAUUUCCGUAUAGAUAUGUCAUUCAUCAGCCCGUAGGUGUAGGUCGAGACUCGAGGGUUUUAUUUUUGUUUGUUUGCAAUCUCUAGAAGUACCAAUAUGUCCACACCUAUACCAAACAUGUAAAACUACCAAGUCAGACACGGCAGUCGUAUAUAAACACAAGGAGCGACACGUCAAUGACACACAUGCUGUAAACUGUCAGCACAAAGAUGUGGGUUUUCGGAUACGGAUCUCUGAUUUGGAAAGUGGACUUUCCGUACGAAGACAGACGUGUUGGUUUCGUAAAAGGAUUCAGUCGCAGGUUUUGGCAGGGAAGUACGGAUCACCGAGGGGUGCCUGGAAAGCCUGGGCGAGUGGUGACAUUAAUAGAGGACCCUGAGGGUUGUGUAUGGGGUGUUGCUUACAAGUUGCCAUCGGGCCGGGAAAAGGAGGUGAAAGAAUAUCUAGACUACAGAGAGAAGGGUGGGUACGGAGUGAUAUGCGUUACAUUUUAUCCCAAAGAGAAACAACACCAGCCCAUGCCGGACACAUUGCUCUACAUAGGAUCCUGCAACAACCCUAAUUACCUUGGCCCAGCUCCUUUGGAGACAAUUGCUCAGCAGAUUGUUAAGUCUGUAGGCCCCAGUGGCAAAAAUACAGAUUACCUGUUUGAGCUUGCCGAUGCCCUUAGGCAACUAUCACCCGAGGACUCGGAUGAACACCUGUUCUCUUUGGAGCGUCUUGUGAGAGAACUGCAGAAACAGGACAAGGAGUGAUCUGUUAUAAUCUACUUUAUCCCUAAUCCUCUGAAGAACUCAGGAAUUUAGGACAUUUGUUUUAAGGGUUUCUUUUAUGCACUAGGACUUAAAGGGAUUACUUGAUGAACUCAGAUAAGAUGCACUUGAAAUCUUGUUGUUCUGUGCAAAUAGGAGUAUUUAAUGUUUUCUGGAAUUUAGGCCAAAUGUUUGUGACAUAUAUCACGUCUGGCACGUUGACACUUGUGACAACAUUUGGAAAUGAAUCAUUAGGAGUUGGUUUUGGUCUAUUGCAUGUUAUACACAGUUGAAAAAAGCAAAGCCAUCUCUAAUCAAUUAAAUUCCUUACCAACUUUACCAUGUAACUUAACUUAACCACAGCAUUCAGAAUCUAAUAAAAACUUUUUAAUUCUC